GGCGGAAGUGGAGGAGCGGCCGGAAGUAUCUCGAUUCCCAGCUAGACUGAUCGGGUGGGUGACAGGCGUUGACAGCAGUGGGAGCUGCGGAAAGGAGUUGGUGGCAAUGGAGUUGGGCGAGCUGCUUUAUAACAAGUCGGAGUACAUCGAGACGGCAUCUGGAAACAAGGUUAGUCGCCAGUCUGUGUUGUGUGGAAGUCAGAACAUCGUUCUCAAUGGCAAGACCAUUGUGAUGAAUGACUGUAUUAUCCGAGGGGACCUGGCAAAUGUGAGAGUUGGACGUCAUUGUGUUGUGAAAAGUCGGAGUGUCAUAAGGCCACCAUUCAAGAAAUUCAGCAAAGGCGUUGCAUUUUUUCCUUUACAUAUCGGGGACCAUGUGUUUAUUGAGGAAGAUUGUGUGGUCAACGCAGCUCAGAUUGGCUCUUACGUUCACGUUGGCAAGAACUGUGUGAUUGGGCGCCGAUGUGUGUUGAAAGAUUGCUGCAAAAUUCUUGACAACACGGUUUUACCCCCAGAAACCGUGGUGCCGCCGUUCACCGUCUUCUCCGGCUGCCCAGGACUGUUUUCAGGGGAGCUCCCAGAAUGUACCCAGGAGCUGAUGAUUGACGUCACCAAGAGCUACUACCAGAAGUUUUUGCCCUUGACGCAGUCACUCCGUACCAUUAUCUGUGGAACACAGAAUCAUCUGUUCCCAACACUCCCACCCUCGGUCCUGUGGAUGACUGGAUCCUGCCGAAACAGGCCCGGCGAGCACAGCGCUGUCCCAGCAUGGAGGUCACGGAGUUGGUGUGCUGCUCUCGGCCAUGAGCUGCUCACAUGGAUCGCUCUCAGCUUUCCUGCGCUAACACACUUGGCCAGUCGACACAAUUGCUCAUGGUCUUGGUGGGGGGAAAAGUGUGACUUUUCAGAGCCCAGAUUCCUGUUCACUACUGAAACUUGAAGGGAGGGGUGGUUAGCAUUUCUCUCCUUCUCAAAAUGACCUUAACUGUCCUUUUAACCCAGGGUGAUUAAUAAAAGGCUUUCUAACAUUC